AAUUUGAGAUUUUUGAAGAUUAGGUGUGCAAAUGCCAAUGCGAGUGUAUCGUUUUCAAAAGCCACCUGUGACACAGAAUCGCAUGUUUGGCCCGAAAGUAGCGGAAUUGCUCUUACAGGAAAGAAAGUCAAAUGUGUUAUCGGCAGCAUUUUUGUUGAGGGUUUGGAUAUGAUGGAAAAAUACUUCAAGCGAGGUAAAAUUCCAGAAGAUCCUGACUACCAGAAAGCUCUUGAAAAGUUGUUGACAUUCCUCUCGAAAUCAAGAGAAGAUAAUGAAGCCCUUUUUGAAGACAUGAAAGACAAGUCUGAAGGAGACUGGGCAAUUCGAGUUGCACAACAUCUUUUAGUCCAGCUGUCUGUGUACGAUUCCUACUUAAUUGACAGCUACAAAGGCUGUAAUUUUUCUUGCUGCCCUUGCCCUAGAAAAGACCAUUUGCUAGGCUUCACUUGUGAUACUAGCUUUGGUUGUGAAAACAGCUGGCAUGGUAAACCUGAUAUCAUUGUCCAGGAUAUACCAGUAACUGUUCAGAUGGAAGGUAUGCCUGCACUUCGACCAGAACCAUCCGCAGAAACAGCAGUUUCAUCAAAGAAAGACAACAAGUUUUUGCAACAGCACAAAGCUCAACUUAAGGCACAGACAAUUACAUUUUCUCCUUUACAGGAAAAAACAAACAAGUGCAAGUUAAGAAAUUCCCUUGUUCCAGGCAUAGGAAUUAGUACAAAAUAUUUACUUGUGAAUUUUUAUGAUUCAGUUCAUGAUGUUCUCCUUACAUCAAAACCUCUUACGAUUUUUAAAGGAGAGGAAUUGAUGUACUCAACAAUACUGUUCUUGUGGCUAACACUGAACUACAGGCUGCUUUGUUCAGGCCUUACGGAAACAAUGAAACCAUUCAAAGCUGGUUUCUUUGAUGUGGUGGAUAUAUCCACCUUCAGAGAAAAUGUGAGAAGACCACUGCAUGUGUCACAUGAAGAUGAUGAUGAUGAUGAUGAUGACCCCACAGACAACCCUGGUCUAUCAUUUAACCCACCCCCCUCAUUACUUAGUAAAUAUAUUGAUCCAUAACAAACAGAAAAGGCUGUCUACAGUUUGUCGCAAUGAAAUUACAGUGUGGGGGAUCAUGUGACCUAAAACAGUCUCUAAAGAAAAGUCAAUUGACAAAAAAAUCUAGGCAAUACAUAUUAACAUAAUAAUUUUUUGUUUGACCUAGGGAAAGCUACGCAGCAUAAAAUAUACUUCCAAAAUCAUUAUCUUAUUUAGGUUCAUAGAUUACCUCAAAGUUUUAAACGUAUCAAAACCUCGAGGUAAUCUGUUAAACUCAAUUAUAUGGAAGUUUUGUGCAUUAACCAUUAAAAAGGAAAAAUGUAGCUGCUUAGACUGCGUUAUGUCAUACUAGACUUCAUUUUAGGUACGGGUCAUUUACUUUGAUUUUUGUCAUAUUACUUUGCUGUAGAGACUAUUUAAAGUCACAUGAUCCUCCACUCUGUUUAGCAUUUCAUGUUAACUUUUGUAUCAUAACAUGGUGGGUCUAAAAUAUGUAGGAUGAGUGUCACACUGAAAAUGGGAACCUAUAUGAUUUUGUUUACAUGUACAUAUCAUGCAUACUAGUAUCCCAGAUGGUUCAUUCAUAAUGAGUCUUCCAGAACUUUUUGAAGUCUGUGGUUUAAAUUUUUUGCUGAACUUUUUUAAGAGAAAAUAGUCAUGCUAUUAUCAUAACCAUAUGGCCUGCAGCAGCUUCUAAGUUUAUUCAGAUUUUAGCCCACCUAAGUAUACAUGUAUGCUCAGGGUAAGUAAUGCUGAUUGUCUUGUAUUUGAAAUUAUCGCUCCUAUCACUGAGAUACACACAGACAUAUGAGCGAUUCAGAACUCUCUAGUUCUACAAAUGUAAUGUAUUGCUGUACAAUAUCAGUCAGCUAAAUUGUUAAAUUCUUUAGUACAUUUUGAUUAAAUGAAACCCUAACAACUUGCAUUGUUAUAGUCCUAGACAAUGUUUUCAUUUUAAGUAGUUUCUUGUUAAAAUCUGCAUGUACAUAAUUGAAAAUAAAAUGAAAUUUAUGUACACAAAUUUUUAUCUGCCAUAAAUAGACAACCCCUGAUACUUAAUAUGAGUAGUAAAUAUUAUGUUUUCUGCAUGUCAUCUCCUUGUUCUGCUUAUAUUUUUAGCUCACCUGUCAUGCAGUGACAAGGUGAGCUUAAGUGACUGCACUUUGUCUGUCAUCCGUCGUGAGUGUGUGCCUGCAUCCGUCAACAGUUGCUUCAAACAACAUCUCCUCCUUAAUCACUUGUUGGAAUUUAACCAAACUUCACAGGAAUGAUCGUUCGGUGAAAGUCUACUAAAAUUGUUCAGAUGGUUCCUAUCUGUUGUACAGUUUGGCUGUGAGGCCCUAAAUGGGGUCUUCAAAGUGCAACUUUUCAAAAAUCUUGUUCUCCAUAACCAUAAGGCCAAAAGCUUAGAUAUUUGGCAUGAAGCAUCAUCUAGUAGACCUCUACCAAGAUUGUUCAAAUGUUGGUCCACAGGGUCAUAAUGAGCCACCCUGGAGCUUUUCAUGUUAAAUUAUAUAGUAAAACUUUGAAAAAAAAUGUCUUCUGUGUAACAGGGCCUAGACCUUUAAUAAUUUGCUUGUAUGAUUGGAUUGGAGACAUCUGUCAAGUUUGCUGAUUUUUGACCUUGACAUACUGACCUACUUAUUUGUCUUUUAAGCUACAGACUUAAAAUUUGCACCAUUUGCAUAGUUUUAGCUACAGUUUAGAAACAUAGUUUUAGCUACAGUUUAGAAAGGGGGCGUCCGUGGCCGAGUGGUUAGAGUCGCUGCAACUUCGAAUCACUUGCCCCUCACCGCUGUAGGUUCGAGCCUCACUCUCGGCGAGAUUCUUUCAUGUGAGGAAGCCAUCCAGCUGGCUUGCGGAACGUCGGUGGUUCUACUUAGAUGCCCGCCUGUGCCUGAAAUAAUGUCCAGAGGGGCAUCUGGGGUCUUCCUCCACCAUUAAAGCUGGAAAGUCGCCAUAUGACCUUAAUAUGUGUCGGUGUGACUUAAAACCCAACGCAAAAAAAAAAAAGAAAAAAAAAGAAAAACAGUUUAAAAAAUCAGCUAACCUUAAUUUUGACCUAGUGACCUACUUUCUUGUUUUUGUACCUGCAGACUUGAAAUUUGGAAUAUUGGCACAGUUUGAGGUAUAGUUUUGAAUUUUGAAAAUUUAACUUAGAGUUAAUCAGAUUAACUCUAAAUCUAGGUCGCAGCUAUCAAGAGAGAAAACUGUUGCAACUUUUUGUCUUAUGGUGACAUUAGAAAGGUGAGCAAUUCAGGGCCACUAUGGCCCUCUUGUUAAGAAGGAUUUAUGGUCCUUUUAAGUCUAUAUGUAUUUUAAACAUAUUUUUUCCACAAUAAAUAUAAUUAUAUUUAUUUGGAUUUCUAUAAAUCUUCAUUAUUUUGUAUCACAAGAAUGUUACUGUUUUAGCCCACCUGUCACAUAGUGACAAGGGGGGCUUUUGUGAUCAUGCAUUGUCCGUCGUACGUCUGUAUGUGCGUCCGUCCGAGUGUAAACUUUUUUUAAAAAAAUCUUCUUCAGAACCAUAAUAGCUAGGGCUUAGAUAUUUGGCAUGUAGCAUCACCUAGUGGACCUCUACCAAAAUACUUCAAACCAUGAUCACUGGGAUGAAAGUGAUCCCCAUCACAAAGGUCAAUAGGUCCAAAAAAGUGCAUAUUAACCUUUGAAAAUCUUCUCCAGAACCAGAAUAGCUAGGGCUUAGAUAUUUGGCAAGUAGCAUCACCUAGUGGACCCCUACCAAAAUACUUCAAACCAUGAUCCCCAAGGUCAAAAUGACCCCAGGCCAGAGGUCAAAAGGUACAAAUUGUGCAAAAAUGCCUUUGAAAAUCUUCUUCAGAACCACAAUUACUAGGCCUUAGAUAUUUGGCAUGUAGCAUCAAGUGGGCCUCUACCAAAAUACUGCAAGUCAUGAUCCCCGGGGUCAAAAUGACCCCUGGCCAGAGGCCAAAAGUUACAAAAUUGUACAAAAAUACCUUUUAAAAAAAUCUUCUCCAGAACCAGAAUAGCUAGGGCUUAGAUUUUUGGCAAGUAGCAUCACCUGGUGGACCCCUACCAAAUUACUUCAAACCAUGAUCCCCAGGGUCAAAAUGACCCCAGGCCAGAGGUCAAAAGGUACAAAAUUGUGCAAAAAAAACAUUGAAAAUCUUCUUCUUCAGAACCACAAAAGCUAGGGCUUAGACAUUUGGCAUGGAGCAUCACCUGGUGGACCUCUACAGAAAUUGAUCCGUGGGGUCAAAAUGACCCCUGGCCAGAGGCCAAAAGGUACAAAAUUGUACAAAAUUAAUUUUCUUCUCCUUUGGAAACAAUGUAGCUAGGGCUUAGAUAUCUGGCAUGUAGCAUCACCUACAUGUAGUUGAUCUCUACCAAAAUACUUCAAACAAUGAUCCCGGGGUCAAAAUGACUAAGAGCCAAAGGUCUUAAAUACUAGGGCUUAGAUAUAUAUAUAGUACCUUAAAAUAAAAUAAAGGUUUGAGUACCAAGUUAAAAACCUUUGCUUGGGUUGUCUUUACCAGUUUGUCAGCGAAAUUUGUGCAAACACAUUAGUAGCCAAAUGCUAGUUGAAAGCCACCUUCGUUAUGUUGAACAGAGACUGGUUAUGCAGAGUGAUAACACUUUACUAUUAGUAUUUCAUGAAUUAUGACCAUUAUACCUGUGUUUAUCUAUAAAUUUUACAUGUAAUAAAGUAGUUCACUGUGCAUGUCCAUGUUUGUGUUUCACCUUAGUGUACUGUCAUUUGUGUUUGCAAAUAUAUGGUAAGUAGGCACAUACCGCUUGUCUAUAAGCCCUGCACAUAUUAAAUGUAGGUGCAUAUUUUUAGCUCGACUAUUUGUAAGAACAAUAGGGCUAAUAUACUUACCCGUGCAUCUGGUUGCACAAAAAUGAUCACCAAAAUGUUCAAAGUCUUGUAUCUUCAAAACUUUCAAAGAUGUUCAACUGAAACUUUAAAUACUUACUCAGUACCACUACUUCUACCACCCAGUCAACCUGCAUACCCCUAUCACACUGUAUUUUGGAGUUAUUGGCCCUUGUAUAACUUAGAAAAAUUGUUGACCAGAAAAUAUUCAAGUUUUUUUUUCAAAGUCUAACAUGUUCAAUACUUUCAAAGGUAUUCAACUGACACUUGAGAUGAAUAUUCACUCACUACCUCUGCCUUAAGACCUUAGUUAUAAGCUAUAACUAUCGUUUAUUUUCCUGAUUCAUAAAAUGAAUAACUGAAAUUAUUAUAAGCUAUAACUAUAUGCUUAUUUUCCUGAUUGUACAAAAUUUAAAAUGGUAAAAGGCCCUCCAGCAUGAAUGCUUGCUAAAUCAAUUCUUGUAUGUACUGCAGUGAUAAAGUCCUGUUUGGGAGCUUCAGUCUGAUCCUUGUUUGAUAGUCUUCAAUUUUUUAUCAUGCUUUUGCUAUAUGUAUAAGAAGACUACUUUAACAAAAGUCUACUGAAUAGUUUUGCCUACUACUCAUGAUAUUUUUUGAUGCUAAUGAAAUUAUUCAAUAAAUAUCUAAUCAUAUAUAUACCUGCA